AUGGGGGAAAAUGAAGAAAGAUCAGAAUAUGACAAUACUCUCUCACCGCAAUUUCUUCACGAAGUCAAAAGAAUGCGAAAACGGCUCGUUGAUCAUAUCGUAAGUUUUCCCCUCAAUUUUCUUCACAAUUCCAUAAGUUUUUGCAGGAAGAUAAUCGGCUACGAAGAACAUUUGUCGCACUUUCAAGCGAUAUAAUGAGUCCAGAUCCAUUAUUAUGCGCAUUUUUCGUGGUUCUCAUCCAAAAAAUGGAGCAAAAAGAGAAACAUAAUCUCAUUAUGGAGAUUAUCAAGACAGUUCAUGAGUGCACAGAACAUCAUGCUGCUGAUAAUAUCCACAUUAGUAAUGUUUAUGAAACUACGGUUGAUAGUCUUUUUGUCCACGCUUUGCAUGAGAAUGUUAUCACAACUACGUGAGUUUUUCUGAGAGGACUCCUAGCCUUUUAAAUAUAAUUCCUAUUCUAGACAAUGCAUCGAAGGCCUUGUAAUGACAACAGAUUUCACAAUGAGAAGUCGAAUUGAUCAACGAAAAUGGAAAUAUAUUCAAAAAAGUAUUGUGAAGAUUGAUUAUAAGGGAAAUCGAAAUGUUCUUCGAUUUUUGCUCGAAUCCCAACUUCAAAGACUACCCUCAUUUCUGACGUCAGAACAAGUGAAUGAAUUGCGAAUUGUUGAAGAUGUUCUGCUACAAAUUAUUGAUCGAGAUGCCAAUUUAUUGCCGCCGCUGAUGACUUUGAGUGAGAUAAUGAGAGGAAUGUCGAAUCAAGCACAUAUGAUGCCGGUAGGGGAGGUUGAGGCUGGAAAAAUGAAAUAAAUUCUUAUUCAACCUAAUUGAACUAAGGAUUCCACGAAAAACUAAGGAUUCCACGUCAUAGCAAACCACGUGGCCGCUGAAGCGGUAGACAUUACUGCUUACGCGGAAGAUUGCGGUUCACACUCGCUCCGCUCGAAAUUAUGUUCACGAGAGGCAGAGCAGCGAGUGUAAACCGCAAGCUCUCAUUGGACUCUCCUUAAUACAUCUCAAACCCAACCCCAACAAUUUCCAGCGUCUCUCCGCCAAACUCGCGCUCGUCGCAAUCCACUUUCGCCCAAUCGCCGAUCUCACUCACGUCUGUGGCCGCAGUUACAUCUAUCCCAUCCCCCAACAUCCCGGUUUCGUCCCAUCUCAAUCGUUUUGGGAGACCGAAUCCAGUGUUCAAACUCCUUUUGUUCAAUCACAUCACAUGCUUCCUUAUCGACCAGAACAUACUUCCACUUUUCUCUAUACACUUUAUAUGAUUUUGCGGCAGCCAAGGGGAAAAGAUUCGGUGAGAAAUGACGGGAUUUUUUUGUUUUUUUUUUUGAAAACAAAAAUAGAUUGCCACGUGUUAGUUCACGCAGGAAAUUUUGAUUUGUUUUUUGAGUCAAAAAUUCUAUCUUUUUUUCCAGUUCAACCCAGCAUCACGAAAACUAAAAACAAAAUCACAUUGGGAUGGAUUAUUGUCUGUUAUGAUAUGCGAAGCAAUGGCCGAAGCUGAGUCUUUGAGUGAAAAUGAGCCAAUUCCAAGAUAUCAAUGGGAUAAUAUUGUCAAUAUUGUUCAUUAUGGCAUUUUUCAACAACUUUUGUAAGGAUUUUCAUAUUUUUCCAGAGGAUUUUGACCUGCUGAAAAUAGCUUCGCUCAAAUAUAAAUGUGAUUCAUGACGUGGCAAAGUCUGAAAAUUCGCUAGCUUAAAAAAUUUUGGACGAUAUGUCAAAAGUUCAAAAUUUCUUGAAAAUUCUAAACUUUUACGAAAUCGGCUCAGAAUUUGUGCCACGUGGCACAGAAAUUAUCGAUUUUUCUGGAAAAAAAACUUUUCUUUCCAAAUUUUUCCAAUUUCACGAAUUUCGCGCCAAAUUUUCAGUUCAAAUAAAAUUGACAAAAUUUAUCGAUUUUUCUGCGAAAAAUCAAAAAAUUUCACAAACUUUAGCGUCAAAAAUGAUUUUCGUGAAAAUCUAGCCAUUUUGCCACGUCACAACUCAGAGUUGAACUAAGUUGUUUUUCACCAGAACAUCGUGAUCAGCAGGUUAAAAUAUACUAAUUUUUUUUCAAUUCACAAUCAGAAUUCAAAUAAUCCAUCUCCCAAAGAUUUUUUGUUUUCCAGAAAUCCCUCGAAUUUCUUCUCAGUUUUGCGCGGUUUGGUCAAAUCAACACAUUAUACUCGAGCACGCGACGAAGUUAUGUGGAUAGUUUUUCAAAUCGUCGGAACAUUUAGCAGUAAUGCGGCGUUCGAUGAAGCGAUUCCAGAAAUUGUUGAGUUGUACAAAGUGCUAUUUUCGGGAGAUGUUGUUUGGAUGGGCGCUUCUGAUCAUCCGGCGGUUUUUGCUCGAUUUUUGGCAGCUCCGAGUACUUGGAUGAUGUUGGAAGGAAAGGAUAAAUUACCACCGCCGAGUGAAACUAUUCAAUCGCAUAUUCGAUUUAUUACCGAUGGUGCCGAGAAUUUUGAUCAACAGAAUACGGCAAUGUUGGCGGCGUUGGCGAAUGCUUGUGAGUUUUUUUGAGACUUUGAAGAUUAGAUUAUUAAUUAGAUAUGACUGAAGUAGAGAUUUGUCAAAUCUUUGAAACAGUGAAAUUUUCUUUCUUCAGAAAUUUUGAUUGUUCAAAUUGCAUACAUUUAAAGCUACCAACUAAAAAGAAAUGAUAAGUGGAAAAUUUUUUGAAUUUUUGAAACAGUGAAAAUUUGAAGGAUUUUUUUAAAAUUAUUAUAUUUAUUAAAUUAGAAAUGACCGAAGUAGAGAUUUGUAAAAUCUCUGAAACAGUGAAAUUUUCAAUUUUUUUUCUUCAGAAAUUUUGAUUUUUAAAUACCGACUUUUAAAGCAACCAACUAAAAAGAAAUGAUUAGUAGAAAAUUUGUUGAAUUUUUGAAACAGUGAAAAUUUGAAUUAUUUUUUAAAUUAAAAUUUUUAUUAUGGGGUGAGUCAAUCGAAUUAAUCGACGUGUUUUUUGCGAUCAAUUGACAAAAAAAGUGAGUCUUUUAGGGCGAUUAAUUUCACGUUUUUGUCAAUUCAUCGCUUUCAUUUCUUGGCAAAAAAUGCAAUUAAUUGCAUAAAAAAUAGAAUUUAUUUGACCUAUAUUUUAAAACGUGACCUAUAUGCGUUGGAAUUAUCAACAAAAAAAUUGUCUUCUCUCAAUUUUCUUUCAUUUCGAAAUGAAUUCAAAAAAUAAGCAGUGAAUUUGGGACACGUUUCAAAAAAGAGGUCAAAUAAAUUCUAUUUCAUAUUGAAAUUCCUCAUUUUUGAAUGCAAUUAAUUGCAAAAAAAGAUGGAAUUAAUCGACAAAAACGUGAAAAAAUCGCACAAAAAUGACUCACAUUUUGUGUCAAUUAAUUGACAAAAAAUAAAAUUGACUCACCCCAUUACGAAACAGUAUAAUUUCCCAAUAUUUUUUCAAAUUUUGAUUUUUUUAAAUUAUAGAUAUUCAAAUUCAUCAACAAAAACGAAAUUCUAAUAGAAAAUUUGUUGAAUUUUUGAAACAGAGAAAUUCUGAAUUAUUUUUGUAAUUCUAAAUUUUUUGAAUUAAGAAUGACUGAAGUCGGUAUUUUCCAAAUCUUUGAAACAGUGAAAUUUUCAAAUAUUUUUUUCCUUUAGAAAUUUUGAUUUUUUUAAUUAUAGAUAUUCAAAUGCAUUAAAAAAUGCGAAAUUCUAAUAGAAAAUUGGUUGAAUUUUAGAAACAGUGAAAAUUUGAAGGAUUUUUUAUUUGAAAUAUUUAUCAUUUUUCUAACUUUAUAUGUCGUAGAUUCAAGAUUUUAAUCAAUUUUUGAAACAGUGAAAUUUUGGAGAAGCUCAAAAUCUCAAAACAAGAAAUUUUUUGACCAUUUUGCAAGCAUGAAAAAUUAUGAAUUUACCACACAUCAGAUUUUCAAACCUACAAAAUAUAUUCAAGAAUUUUUGAAACAGUAAAAUUUACAAAAAAUUGAAUUUAAUUUGUCAUAAAGCGAAUGUACCACAUUGAAAAAAAAUCAAAAAUUUGGUGCAUUUUUGAAACAGUGAAUUUUUAGAGAAAAAAUCAGAUUUUUUUGUAUUUCAAAGUUAGACGAACGCUUCUAGAACUGAACACUAAACAUGAAAUUAUUUUGAAACAGUGAAUUUUCUUCGAUAAAAAAAAUGGUUUAAUAUUCAAUUUAAAGUUUGAAAAAAAUUAAAAAUUAUUUGAAACAGUAAAUUUUUAUAAUAAUUUUCCACUCCUCAUAAACUUAUGUUCAAUUUUUUUAAACCGACAAAAAAUUUCAGAUCGAUCUGACAGCAAAGUUGGAAAAAUGAUUCCGCCAGUCUAUGCUCAACUUCUCGAAGGUUCCGAUGAUUCUUCUCUCUUCACACUCUCUUAUGGAAGACAAGCAAUCAAUAAAAUGACCGCAUUUUCAGUCGAAUAUUUGGACGCGUUAACAAUUCGCGCCAAAAAAGCGCUACUUUUGCAAUGUUUCAAUUGUUUGAGAACAACGAUUAGCGACAAAUUGCCGAGUCCAGCGGUUUUUGGUUUGUUUUUCUUUGGCUCUUUUUUUUCUCUUUAUAGGAAUAAUAAUAUUUGUUUUAGACACAGUUGCGCGAAUUUGUCUAUCAAUUGAUCAUGAAGGAGCCGCCAAAGAUGUUGUUCAUAUUUCACAUCGAUCACUUUUAGCAGUGACUUCGGCACAAACUGAAGCCAGAGAUCAAUGCUUUUAUUUGUUCGAUUUUUUGUGUUAUCGGUGGGUUUUUUAGAGGGAAUUUGAAAUUUCGACAUUUUUUGGAAAUUCAAAAAAUGAUUUUUGGUCCUUAAGAUGAUUUUCAAGAGUAAGCCUAACAUGAGCAACCUUCAGAACUUAAGAAUAAUAUGAGCAAUGAUCCAAAAAUUUCUAUGAUCUGAACAACAAGUUUCUAGGCAAGCCUAACAUGAGCAAUGCCUAAAAAUAUACCAAUAAUUUAAAUUAUUUUGAUUAGAGACAACGUAUUAUUGAGAGAGUCUAGAGAAAAAUUAGUUUUCUGUCUGCGCACUCUCAAUUUUACGUUGUCUCUACGUUUGAAAAUAAUGAAAAAAUAUUAAAAAUUCAAGAUUCAAAAUCAAAGUUUUUCGGGCAGGAGAAGAAAUAAAACUGAAAAUAUUUGCCCUGAAAAAUUGUUAAUAAUUGUUUGAAACAGUGAAUUUUUGAAUUCUUUGAUAAUUAUUGGAUUAUUCAAAGACACCGUAAAAUUAAGAGAGUUUAGACAGAAAAUUGAAACAAACUUUUUCUGCAUAGCCCCUGAAAUAUACGUUUCAAAAUGUUCCCAAAUGUUUUGUAUACAACUCAACCCCUAUUCUGCAUUCCAGACUCCCAACAAUCUCAAUUUCACUUCGCCACGUUUUUGUCACAAAUAUAAUCUCAGCUCUAAAUGGUCCAUACAUCGAUAAUGCACCAAAUCACCAAUUAUACGAACUUCUUGAACAAUAUUUGAUGAGACAAUGGUGUUGGACUAAUUUCCAUGAGAAUAUUGUGAACGCAACCACCACCUUUGGACCAUCAAAAACUGGAUUACCCCCAAAUGCGACGGCCAAAUUAUUGCAAUUUCCAAAUGAUUUCAUUCACGCUUCAACUGGAGACCGCAAAAAAUUCCCGAUUUGCCCCGAAAUUUUCCGAAUGAAAGUUAUCACGCUAAUGCGGGCUAUUAAGAUAACAGGACAAGAAUUGACGUUGGAAAGUUCGAUGUUUCCAUAUUUGAUAACCGGAUUUCCGUGGCCCGAGAAAAUGACGAAAUAUUUUCCGAAAUGGGCGUUGGAUUUGAUUGCGAAUAAUAAUACGGAUGCGAUGCAACCAAAUUUUGCGGAAAUUCAGGUUUGGGAUCUUUUGAGCUGGGAAAAUUGAUGAAAAUUGAAUUUUUUGCAGGAAGUUGUUCGCACAAAUCUGACUUUACACGCCUCAAUGACUCCUCAACAAUUCAUUCAAUCAUUCGAACACAGCAGUUCUAAUCCAAUAUCAACUCACACUGUUUUGGCUGUGAUUUAUAAAUAUUUACACGAGAAUUUGGAUGCGAAUUUGGCAUUGACGCCUGAGUUUUAUGAGUUGGUUUUUUCUCUGGGAAUUUGAGGGGCUAAAAAUGAUUUUGAAAAUUGAAACAGUGAAGAUUUUGAGAAAAGUUACCAAAUGUAUCAACUUUAUAAUUUCAUCAAGAAUAUUUCAUAAAAUUUUGAAACAGUUGAUUUUUUGGAAAAAAAUUUUUUAACAAUUUUUCAAACACAGUUUCGACCGGAACAUUUUCAAAAAUAAUACAUUUUAUUUUAUGAAAAAUUGAAACAGUGAAGAUUUUUUAAUGUUUUUUUUUGAAGUGGAUGGGGGAAUUUCAACCCCAUGAUUACAUUCCGAAUAUUUUUUUGAAAAUUUUGAAACAGUGGAAAAAUUUAGUCAAUUAUUACAUUUACAAUCCAAAAAUUAUUCAUAUAAUGUUUUCAUUAAAUCAUAGAUUUCUUUUUAAAAAAGUGGAUUUUUCAGCGAAAAAAAAUCUACAUUUUACAAAAAAGUCAUUGAUGAAUUAAUGAAUUCAUAAUGAAGUUAAAAUAUUUUAAAACUUUUGAAACAGUGGAUUUUUUAUUCCAAAUUUUUUAUUAAACAGUUAGAAUUUUGUCUUACAUAAAAAAAACAAUUCUAGAAGUCAAUUUUUUGCAGAGUAGUUGGCAAGAAAACCGCUCAAGAAAUGGUGAUUGCCACCAAUUUCCUCGUCGAUUUUCUUAUUUCGGAAGCUCAAAAUGAAAUUGGAAAUAAUCAAUUAUUCAACAAUAUGGCGAAUAUUUUAUCGAAAAUGGUUUUUCAAUGGUAUCUUUUGAGAGCUGAUCGAUUAUUGAUCUCACUUGUUAUGCAUCCGACUUGUGAUGAAACUUCGCAUAUUUCCAUUUUGAUUGUUCAUGUGAGUUUUUUCCUCAACCUCCAAGAAUUGGCGCGAAAAUUCGAUCUACCUACCUCCAAUUAAUUAAUUUUGCAGGAAUUUUGUACAAUGCCCGAAUUCGCUUGUCGUCUAAAAUGGUUCAAUGAUAAUGUGCCGAAAAAAGAGCACAAUCACACGGAAUAUAUUCGAAAAAUCGUUGAAUAUCACCAUUUAUAUCCGGAACAUGAAAUAAUCGAAAUGAUUCGAGGACCACAACAUGAACCACUUUCAAAUGUUCAUAUGCCAACUUAUUAUGGAUGUUUGAUCGAAAGAUUGUUGCCAGUUGCCGAUUUUAUUAUUUCGGUCACGUUGGAACAACAGAUUUUUCAAUCUUUCAAUCAUUUGCCGAUUUUGACCAAUUUGUGCCUUUUGUAUAAAUAUCAUCGUGAGUUUUUUUGAGCGGGGAAAAUCUCACUGUUUCAAAUAUAAAUGAAUACAGGAAAGUAGCGAUUUGAUAUUUGUUCGAAUCAAUUUUACUAAAAUUUUGAAACAGCAAAUUUUUUGAAGAGAAAAAUUUCACUGUUUCAAAUAUUUUUAUUAGAAGAAAUUAAAAAUUUAUUUUUAUUCUCUUGAAUUUGGAAAAACCCUAGUUUUUCAACAUUUUUUUUCCAGAAUUCACAGUUUCAAAUUUUUCUUUAAAAAAAUUUUGCUCCUGAUUUGCAAAAUUUAUUUGUUUAUUUCAUACAUCGCAAUCUUCCCCUCUGAACCUCAAAGUGAUACACCCUAUUUCAAAAAAAAAUUCGCGAGUGAUACACCCUAAUUUUUUGUCUGGAAGGCGCAAGCCUUCCAUUAAAAAAAUUUUUUUUGUUCUCAAAAAAAAUUUAAAAAUUUUGCAACACCAUUGCUCUUGGCAGGAAUCGAUCCAGCGACUUUCAGCGUGAUAAGCUCGAGCCCUAACCACUGCGCCAAGCUUGCACUUUUCUUCCCAUUCUUCUUUUUUAAAGAUAUGAUUGGUGAGAUGAGAGAUAGAAAAGAGAAGAGAUCAUCAGCUUGAAGAAAAUUUGCAUAUUUUCAGUCUGACAAUUGUCAAAAUAAUACUUGAACGAGUAAAAGUUGAAACAUGAAACUUGGCACACAUAAAAUUAAGCGUAUUCUGAAGGAUAUUGAACAAUAAAAUCGGAGGGGCAGACCCUAGAACUCAAGGUGCACACCCGGUCCACUGAAGAGGCCUUUUUUGACUAGUUUAGGGGACCGGGUAUGCACCUCACUUCUGAGUCAUUAUUUCGUGUAGAACUUUUUAGAACUUUAUAGUAGAGGAAAUUUGCUAACUUUCCAUUCAAAAAAUAUUCUAGAAAACCUUACUAAAAUGUCAUUUCCUUGAGGGGUGAAAAUGUGCAUUUUUUACAAAAAAAAUUUUUUUUUGAAAUUGAAGGAAAUUCAAGAUUUGAUUUUCGUUUGUUCUUCAAAUCAAACUACUGACUUAAUUUAGGCCACUGACCAACGUGGUGGCCAUCAAUUUUUGAUUUCCUCGAUGGUCUCGAGUCGAAGAUCGAGAGAAACAUCCGAAUUCCAUCAAUGUCAAAAUCAUACAAAAUACAUCGCGUUUCGAUUCAAUAAUGAUGUUUAGGAUUAGGCAUGCUCAAAUUGAAGUGUUUUAUCGAAAAUCCAAUAAUAAUAUGCCAUGAAAAUCGAUUUUUUGGGUCAUAACAAUUUUUCUAGAUGGUCUCACUGGAACUAUCGGAAUAGAUCUCAUAAUGAAUGAAAAUGUAGUAUCAGAGUUGGAAUUAAUAGGUGUAAUAUAUAUAUAUUAAGGCAUAGGCUGAGUAAACUACUAUUUGUGGCAAAAUUGAAGUUUUCAAGUUAGUUUUGAAAAAAACUGAAAAUUUUCAGAAUCAGCUUUAAUGAUCUGAAAGGCCACCACUAAAAAAGUUUCAGAAAAUAUCUCAGAAUCGUAUGCACUAGAGACCCAAAUAGCUCAAAAAAAUUUUGUGCCUGAUUUGAAAAAGGUUAAGUGGUUAAUAGCAAAAAUCAAAAGUAUCCAUCUUUUUGGCAAUUACUGUAACUCGUUUUGGAAAAGUUUCUGGUAGUAUUUGAGGUCACCACGUUGGUCAGUGGCCUAAAUUAAGUCAGUAGUUUGAUUUAAAGAACAAACGAAAAUCAAAUCUUGAAUUUCCUUCAAUUUCAAAAAAAAAUUUUUUUUGUAAAAAAUGCACAUUUUCACCCCUCAAGGAAAUGACAUUUUAGUAAGGUUUUCUAGAAUAUUUUUGAAUGGAAAGUUAGCAAAUUUCCUCUACUAUAAAGUUCUAAAAAGUUCUACACGAAAUAAUGACUCAGAAGUGAGGUGCAUACCCGGUCCCCUAAACUAGUCAAAAAAGGCCUCUUCAGUGGACAGGGUGUGCACCUUGAGUUCUAGGGUCUGCCCCUCCGAUUUUAUUGUUCAAUAUCCUUCAGAAUACGCUUAAUUUUAUGUGUGCCAAGUUUCAUGUUUCAACUUUUACUCGUUCAAGUAUUAUUUUGACAAUUGUCAGACUGAAAAUAUGCAAAUUUUCUUCAAGCUGAUGAUCUCUUCUCUUUUCUAUCUCUCAUCUCACCAAUCAUAUCUUUAAAAAAGAAGAAUGGGAAGAAAAGUGCAAGCUUGGCGCAGUGGUUAGGGCUCGAGCUUAUCACGCUGAAAGUCGCUGGAUCGAUUCCUGCUAAGAGCAAUGGUGUUGCAAAAUUUUUAAAUUUUUUUUUUGAGAACAAAAAAAAAUUUUUUUUAAUGGAAGGCUUGCGCCUUCCAUACAAAAAUUGAACCUCAGUGAUACACCCCCUCAAUUUAGAAAAAUUGCAAAGUGAUAGACCCUAAUGGCCCCUGCAGGGGGAGCGAUGCGAUCUAUGGUUUAUUUUCAUACAAUUCAUGAAAAUUGUCCAGGAAAAGUCUAAAUUCAAAAUUACAGAAAAUGUUAACCUAAAAGUUCACUGUUUCAAAUUUUCUUAUAAUAUUUGGCUGGCUAAUGAAAUGUGAUUUUGCCGUUGUACUUGAAAUUAUAGAAAUUAAUCAUGAAAAUAUUUUUUAAUGUACUGUUUCAAGAUUUUCUUAUGUAUGUUUUCUCAAAAAAUCCGUAAUAUUGAUACUUAAAUCAUCAAAAUUGUGCACAAAUUUCACCACGUCCUAACCAAGCUCUAUUUCCAGCCACACCCAUUCAAUUCAUCUAUUCCACACUCUUCACAAUGUUUGGACUUGUCAAAAAACCGCUGGCACGAACACUUGUCACAACUUUGGCCGCACAAAUUGAGGAUGUUAAUUUGACACAGAAUUUCGAAAAAUAUAAUCAUCAACAUGGAACACAAGAGCAAAUAUUGUUGGAGUUGGUUGAUCGAAUUUCAGCGAGUUUGGAUUUUAUUUUGACGUGCGUUUGGUUUUGACAGAAUUUCAGGGAAUUUUCAGAACUCGAAAAUAUUUUUUGAGCUGUGUAGAAGUACUGUAUGUUCCUUUAAAAUAGGUUCUGUAAUUUUGGGGACUCUAUGUCCCUUUAAAAUUUGUACUGUAUCCUGUACUGCAUCCUAUGCGCCUUUAAAAUUCACCCAAAAACCUCAAUUUUUCAGCCCUCCUCCAUUUGUGUGUAAAGACUGGAAAACAGCAGAAUUCAGCCCCGGAGCUCAAACACUUUAUCUAUCCUGCAUCGAAAUUAUGGCAAGUCCCCAUUCCCACGAAACAAUUGUGCCAGCUCUUAUAAAUGUUCUUCACAUCAAACCACAUUCUCGCCCUUAUAAUGUUGUCAAUUUGAUUGCUUUGAUGUUAACCGCUUUGCCUGAUGAUUUUUCGCAAGUUUUGCAUCAGGAAUUUUUCGAGGUUUUGAAAAGCGAAACGACGAAAGAAAUGACAUUUGAGGAAUUGGUUUUUGACAAUUUUGAACAAUCCCAGUUGUUGCAUAUUACGAAUAGGGCGUUGACUAUUAAUGUUAUUUCGCAGGCUUAUUGGUCACAUUGUAAUGUUGUGAGUUUUUUUGGGGAAUGAAAAAUUGAAAAUUUGAAUUUAUCUGCAAAAUUAAUCUCAUUUUCCUGCAAUUUUGAGCAUAAAUUCGAAAAAAUUUUUUAUAAAAUUUACUGUUUCAAAAAAUAAUUAAAUUUUUCCGAGAUGAAAAUUUAACAAUGAAAUGACAUUUGAGGUUGUCCAUCAAUACAAAAAAAAUACUUUGGAAUUUUAAAAUUUUUGUGCCCAAUUUUGAUAGAAGUACAUUUAGAGCCUUGCAAUUUCCAGAAAAAUCAAUUUUUAUUGUUGGAAAAUUAUCAGAUUUUGCUCCUUAAUUUGAUUUUUGCUGAAAUUUUGAAAAAAUAAUUCACUGUUUCAAAAUAAAGCUAAUAGUUUUAUUCCGAAAAAAAAAAUAUUGUUAUAAAAAAUUUGAUGUACAAAAAAUUGAAAAUUUUGGAUUUUUAGAAUUCAAAUUCAAUUUUUCGCGCCAAAAAAUCCACACGGGAAAGUGUAAUUGAUUUGAAUUUGAAAAAAUAAAACUUCAAAAAUUUACUGUUUCAAAGAAUUAUUUUUCCUAAUUUUUAUUAUUUUUCAAUGCAAAAACCAGGCGAAAAAUGGAAAAAUUAUUUUUGGGCAGAAUUAUACUUUUUUGGAAUUUUUGUGCUGAAAAUGAAACUUGAGCUUUGAAAUUUCCAGAAAAAUCAAUUUUUAAAGUUAUAUUUGUCUGAAAAUCAUCAGAUUUUGCUCCUCAAAUUGAUUUUUGCUAAAUUUGAAAAAAAUUAACUGUUUCAAAAUACACCUAAUAGUUUUAUUCCGAAAAAAUAUUGUUCUAGCCAAAUGAUUCAGGUCACAAAAAAAUUGAAAAUUUUGGAUUUUUAAAAUUCAAAUUAAGUUUUUCGCGCCAAAAAAACCACGUGGCAAAGUUUAAAUUGUUUUAAAUAAAAAAAAAAUAAAACUUCAAAAAUUUACUGUUUCAAAGAAUUACUUUUCCUGAUUUUCAUUUUUUUCAAUACAAAAACCAGGCUAAAAUGGAAAAAUUAAUUUUUGGCAGAAUUUUACUUUUUUGGAAUUUUAGAAUUGUUUGCAAAAAAUCUAAAUUUUGAGCCUUGAAAUUUCCAGAAAAAUAAGUUUUCAAAGUUAUAUUUAUCUGAAAAUCAUUAGGUUUUGGUCGUCAAAUUGAUUUUCGCUGAAAAUUUUGAAAAAUAAUUCACUGUUUCAAAAUAAACGUAAUAGUUUCAUUCCGAAAAAAAUAUUGUUAUAAAAAAUUUGAUGUACAAAAAAAUUGUAAAUUUUGGAUUUUUAGAAUUCAGAAAUAAAAUUCUCCAAAAAUUCACUGUUUCAGGAAAUUUAUAUUUUUCGAAUUUUAUUUUUUCUCCGAUUCGUGACAAAAUAGCAACAGAAUAUACUGAAAAAUGUGUCCAAAAAUCCACCAAUUUUGUUAUUUUUUCAGUGUCUGCUCAACUCGUUCGCCCAAAGCCACGUGCCAAAAAUCAUGGAACUCGUAAAAACGGAAAACGAUUUCUGGUAUGCUCUCCGCCUAAUUGUCCCAAUAAUCCGUCGAUUCCUCGAAUGGCAAUCACAAUCCGAUUCCUUCAAACAUCUCCGAAAUAAUCCCGAAAAAUUCGGUCCACUCUUCAUCCUCCGAUUGAUUUUCGAAAAACUCGGAAGUCUGGCUGAAAAUGGCGUUGAAUUCGUGUACGAACAUCAUUUAUGCGAUCUUUUUUACAAUUGUCGAUAUGUUUUUGCCGGCGAUUUUUUGCGAGACACUGCCAUUGAACAAUUCGCCAAAUUAUCGCCGAGAAUGCAAGAUCGAUUGAAGUUUUAUGUGUCGCAUUCAGAACCAAGUACAAGUUCAGCGAAAGAAGCUAAGGAAACUGUGAAGGAACCUCUGACAGCAACAAAUUCAAAUGCGAACGCGAAUGAACAAGAAGCUCCUCAAGUUCAACAUCAACAGGUUCAUCAUGCUCAACAUCAAGAAGUUAUGAUGGAACAUGAUCAGAAUAUGCACCAACAUCAACAUCAGAUACAAAUUCAUCAACAACAUAUGCCACAUAUGAAUAUGAAUAGUAUGGAAAUGCAUCAUCAUCAAAUACAAAUGCAUUUACAACAUCCUGCAAUGCCGCCUUAUGGAAUGCCACAUGGGUUUGUUUUUUUUUUGAAGAUGAAUUUCACCUGAAACAGUGAAUUUUAAAUUAAGUUAUUCGUACACCGUUUCAAAAAUUAUUUUCUGAAACCUCAAAUUUUCAGAUAUUUUAAAUUUGAAACGUAUUUUUUAUUGGUCUUCUGACACUAGAUGAAAAAUCGUAUUUUUCGAAAAUGUGGAUUUAUUUUGAAAUUCUAUCAAUCAUACUUAUAUAUUAUUGGUUUUAAUUAUUCACAACGUUCCGAAACGCAAUUGGGUGAGAGGAGAGAGAUUCUAGAGAAAACAUACGUUUUUACUGGGCAAACGUGCUCAAAUGAGAACAAAAAUUCCAUUUUUUCGAACAUUUUCUGAGAGGUCGUUCAAACGUAUUGCCGACAUUGAUCAAACAAAUGGCCAAGCGCUAUACACACAUGUAUUAUUUUUCUUUGUUUUUUGAAAAAUGAAGCGAGACGACAAGAGUUCACGCGAAUAAUCAACAAAACGUGAAUUCUUUUAUGUUUUUCCCUAAAUCUCUUCCUCUCGCCCUAUUGCAUUUUAUCAUUAGCCUAAAAUGUUGUGUAUUAUAUUCCUUAUUUUAGAAAUUAUUCGAUGAAAAUUGAAACAGUGAAUUUUUGCCAAGGUUUUUUUCCAGACAGAUUAGGAAUUUUCUGGAUCUGUAUUCAGACAUUUCAUAUUGUCUUUAUUACUUCAUAGAAAAUGUUCAAUAAGAUUUGAAACAGUUGAAUUUUCGGAAAACUCUAGUUUAUUAUUAUUUUUUGAUUGUAAAGAUCGAAACAAUUAGAAGAGAGAAAUAACUAAAUUUUUCAAUGCAAAUCUGAAACAGUGGAUUUUUUAUAUUGAAAAAAUAAUCAAAAAUUAUGAGAGAAAACUUAGUUCAAUUAAUUUUAAUUUUAAAAGAAAAUCGAAAAUCUAAUGUAAAUGUGAGAAAUUUUAACCGAUGAAUAUUUGAUAUAAUUUUGAAAAAGUGGAUUUUUUAAAGUAAGAAAAAGUCUAGAUAUUUUUUUAAUGAAGAAGGAGAAACCUAAAUCAUAUCUAAAAUCCCAUGUAAGUUAGGAUUUUCUGGUGAUAAUAUUUCAUAUUUCUUAUUAUGUUGUCAAAAAAUGCUCAGAUUCUAUUACCAUCCCGCUCUCCAUUAUUUUUUCCGAGUCUUAUUUUGCUGAAACCUUUCCAGAAUCCUGGAAAUCUUCAUAUGUAAUCCCCCUUCAUAAAAAAGGAUCUAAAUCCGACCCCAAAAACUAUCGCCCCAUAACCCUAACCCAUCCCCUUUCUAGAAUAAUGGAAAGAGUAAUCAUUGAUCAAUUACGUCCUGUUUUCGCCAAAAAUUUCUCUAUUUUCCAAUACGGCUUCCUAAAUUCCCGCUCCUGCACCUUGGCUAAUCUAGAAUUCAUAUCCAUAACCCAAAAAUACCUAUCAGAAAACAAAUUUGUUGAUUGUAUAUGUUUCGAUUUUUGUAAGGCUUUUGACUCAGUUCCCCAUAAUCUCUUAAUCUGUAAAUUAUCUAAUUUUGGUUUUGACGAUCGCUUAUGUAAAUAUUUCUCAUCUUUUCUAACUAACCGUAAAUCCCACAUUAAAAUUGAAGAUUAUGUAUCUCCUAACAGUUUUCCAAUUAUCUCGGGUGUCCUUCAAGGAACCGUCUCAGGUCCCUUCCUAUUUCUUGUGUACAUAAAUGAUUUACUCACCCUAUUCCCCCCUGAUGUUCAUUUUUCUGUUUUUGCCGAUGACCUCAAAAUUUACGGUACAAACCCUCAAUCCCUCCAGAAAAGUAUCGAAAUUAUUUGUAAUUGGUGUGGUGUUUGGAAACUGAAACUUGCUGAGAACAAAACCAGUGUUCUCCAUUUUGGCAAGAAAAAUCCAAGCUUCAAAUAUCAUGUCAAUACCCUCCCUAUUUCCCCCACAAAUCGAACCAAGGAUCUUGGUGUUUUUAUAGAUAAUGACCUAAAUUUUGAAUACCACAUUUCCCACAUCACUAAUAUUGCCCUUUUAAAAUGUCGCCAAUUAUUGUAUUCUUUCAAAUCUAGAAACCCAAAUUUUUUGUUUAAAUUGUUUUAUUCUUAUGUCAUGCCCUUAUUAGAUUAUGGUUGCGAGAUCUACCAUCCCUCCUCAAUUUCACAAAUCCAAAAACUGGAAAAACCCCUUCAAUUGUUUUCUCGGCGCGUUUUCCAAAGAUGCAAUUUAUCCUACUCAUCAUACCAAAACCGUCUCUCCCAAUUCAAUCUAAUCACUACCCAACAUAGGCAACUCAUUUUUAUCACAAAUAUGUAUUAUAAAAUCCUAACUAACUCUAGUCAUUUCCCCUCCCUUCCCCUAUUUGUUACAUCUUCCACCUCUCAGCGCUACCCCCUCCACCUAAAAUGUAUUGGUUCUCGCAAAAACAACUCAUUUCUGCACAAACACAUUUCUCUCUGGAAUAAAACCUCAAAAACACUAACCCAUUCUCGUCUCCCUCAUAAUAUAAUUCCACAUCUGAAGUCUCUGCCAUCUAACCAUUUUCUCUAAUCAUAAAUCUCACUAUGCACAUUUGGACUACCGUACUCUUGCGGGUACAAAAGUCCAUCUUAUAUUCUAAAUCACUAACCUCAAAAAUCUUGUCAUCUUAUAUUUUCCAAUCUCCUUCUUUUAUUUAAAUAUUUAUUUUGGCUUAAAGAUGUAUCUUCUUCUUUCUUCCAAUUUCUUGUAAAUUUAAAAUGUGAUAUGAAUGAAUAAAUAAAUAGAAACCUAAAUUAUCAAAAAAAAAAUUUUGACGAUAAACAUUUGAAACAGUAGAAUUUUUAUUAAAAGACCAUGUUGAAAAAGUAUGGAAAAAACAUUUUUAUUUUUGAGAAUAAAAAGAACAAUAAUCAAAGAAAUAAAUAGCGAUAAAUAUUUGAUGAAAUUUUGAAACAGUUGAUUUUUUGGGGGAAAAUAAUGAAAACUUAUGAGAAAAACGUAGUUUGAUAAAAAACAUAAAAAAAUCGCAGAGCAUUUUAACAAUGAAUAUUUGAUGAAAUUUUGAAACGUAUAACCAAAAUUAAUUAUUUUUCACAAACACAAAUAUAAGAGAAGAUCUCAGAAAUUCUCAACGAUUAAUAUUUGAUAGAAUUUUGAAACAGUAGAAUUUUUCGAAGAAUUUUCAAUUUAUUUUCCUUCCAGUAUGCCACAUCAUCCAUCACAAGCCGGAAUGCAUAUGAAUCCAAUGAUGACAGCUCAACAAGCUGGAAUGAUGCAACAACAUCAUCCAUAUAUGAUGCAACAACAUCCACAUCUAAUGACACCACAUUAUCCACCGCAAAAUCCAAUGCAGCAACAACAACAACAACAUCCACAAAUGCACUAA